AAUAAAAAAAUAGACUAAAGAGCGUUCGCAAUCGAACUUUUCAUGACCUUUCGUGUAAUCCACGCUCGGGUGACAAAAAGAUAAGCAAGCAUAUUUAUUCCUAAAUUAAAAUUUUAUUCAGCAAACAGUGUCAGUUUUGGGUUCAAAAUGGUCACCCAUAAAGUUGUUGUGCUGUUCUUCACCGUGUACUUCGUGGCCUCAAGCGAGAGUGCCAGAAUUUUGGGCGUUCUUCCAACGGGUGGAAAAUCUCACGACAUUGUUGGAACUGCAAUCAUGAAACCGUUAGCGGAAGCAGGUCACGAUGUUACCGUCAUAACCGCGUAUCCUUCGAAAAACAAACCGGACAAUUAUCGAGAAAUUGAACUGACAGGUUUACUGGAAGCCCAUUCGGAAGACGGACACAAUAUAUUCGAUAUGCAAGGUGGAAUUUUUUCUGCCCUAAUGGUGCUGUUAGUGUUGUACGAAAUGUUUCCUUCCUUGAUGUUCGAAGAAGUUAUGAACCAUCCGAAUGUUGUGAAUCUUCGGAAUUCCGAUGAAAAAUUCGAUAUAGUUAUAGUUGAGACAUUCGUUUCGGAAUCGUUCUACGGAUUGGCACAACACUUCGAUGCUCAACUAGUCACCUUCUCCAGUUUCGGCAACACAAUAUGGACCAAUGAUCUGGUGGCAACUCCGGCACCCUAUUCGCAUGUGGCCCAUUUUAUGCUCGAAUUUACAGACCACAUGACCUUCUGGCAGCGGUUCGUGAAUACAGCCUUCUCAAUGUUUGAUUACGUUUACUAUGAACUCAUCUAUUUACGGAAGCAGAAGUACUACUACAAUCAGGCAUUCCCAAAUGCAAAGAUUACCUUCGAACAACAGCGAAACAAUGUUUCGCUGGUGUUCCUCAACCAGCAUUUCACACUGGGCAACGCCAGACCCUAUCCUCCAAACAUGGUUGAGAUAGGCGGUAUCCAGAUUGAGCAACCAAAUCCACUACCAGAGGACCUUCAGAAGUACCUCGAUGGAGCACCUGACGGCGUCAUUUACUUCUGUAUGGGAUCGAACAUCGCGUCUCAAGAUCUUCCGGACGAAAAACGAGAAGCAUUCUUGAGGGCCUUUUCCAAGCUAAAGCAGAAAGUUUUGUGGAAGUUCGAGAAUGAAACUAUUCCAAAUCGACCAGCCAAUUUAAUGAUCAAGGCAUGGAUGCCACAGAAUGACAUCCUCGCACAUCCGAACGUCAAACUGUUCAUUACACACGGAGGAAACUUGGGGGUAACGGAGUCUUUGUACCAUGGCAAACCCUUGGUAGGCAUUCCGAUCUUCGGAGACCAGCUGAUGAAUAUCGCUAGAGCCGUCCGCGCCGGAUACGGCGUACUGUUGGACUUCAAUGAAAUUACCGAAGCAACGGUUACUCGAGCUAUCACUGAAGUUUUAACCAAUCCGACGUACAGCAAGAAAGCUCGAUCUACAAGCGAAAGAUUUCGAGAUAAACCAAUGACAACUCAGCAAACCGUUGUCCACUGGGUGGAAUAUUUGGUGAAGCACGGCGCUUCACAUUUUUGCUCACCAGCUAUGGAUCUUUCCCUUCUUCAGUACCAUCUUGUGGAUGUAUAUGCUAUGAUGUUAGUCCUUCUCGGCAGUAUGUUAGUAGUUUGUGGUCUUGCUACGAGAGCAGUUUGCCGCAAAAUAUUCAGAAGAAAGGCUGCCGCAACCGAUAAACGCAAGAAACAAGCGUAAAAUAAUGCUCAAUAUUAAGCCAAAACGAGCAGUUGUUUUUGUUGUUCAGUAUUUAAAAUGUAAGAAUGGUUUCUAGACAAGUUUUAUGAUUUUUCAUUCAAUACAUUUAAUUCAGUUUGCUUUUUCAUAAUUUUUCAUAACUGAAAUGAUUAAAAAAAUAAAAAGUUCUCGACAAAGAAUCACUUCCCAUGGCAUUUGUUAUCUUUAUCUUGUGAUGGAUUAGUAAAAUUUCCUUCGAAACAUAACCGAUUUGUUAUUUGGCGUAAUGUAUGAUAAGAGCAUCGUUUACAAACUGUCAAGGCUCUAAGAUCAUUAACAUUAACAGACCAUUAACUUGGAAAUUGAUAGCGGAACAAGUCCAAAUAAUACUCUGCACUAUUCUUAAAACACGACAUCUGUUAUUUAGCGUUGUAUACAAUGUUGUAUAGGGUAAGAAACAUAUUCUAAGCAGCUUUAGAAACCGCCUGUGUAUUCAGACGAAAUACUUCAA